AUGACAACAGAACAACCCCCGAAACAAGCCGCUUACCACCAACCCUCCAACCCCAUAACCCACAACCCCUUCGAACAGACCCGCCAAAGAGGCGACCCGGUCCCAAUUACCACCAGCACAACCCACCGCACAGCAAACUCCAAACCCUCAAGCGACGAAUCCCUUGCGAGCCUAAAAGCAAACCACCAGCGUGAACAAGCCCGCAAACAAGGCGCCCCAGACGUCGAUCUUGACUACGGUGUCGAGCAGCAGCCCGCUGAGGGGGCUAUCGCGGACGCGGUCGAACAUAAGGGCACUCGAAGCAGUACGCGAACGCAGGCGGGUGCGCAUUCGGGUCCCGUGGGGAGUGCGUUUGGGCCUGGGUAUUCGGGGUUUGGUGAGGAUGGGGAUAGGGGGCAAGAUCAGAUGAGGGAUUUGGGGAGGAAGAGGGAGGAGCAUGAUCGGGUGUUGGGGGAUCGGAUUGGGCAGAGUCCGCCGGAACCUGAUGAGGAGUCGGCAGAUAUCAGACAACAGAAGUUGGAGUUGGAUGAGCAAUUGAAUGUGAAGGAUGCAGUUAAAGAGGCAACUGGGGACCCGGUGGUGGGGAGGUAA